AUGGAAGAGCUUGUCCAUGAUCUUGUGUCAGCACUGGAAGAAAGCUCCGAGCAGGCCAGAGGAUGUUUUGCAGACACCGGGGAUCACUCCCGCAGCAUCUCAUGUCUCCUGAAACGCCAAGCGCGCAAGCGGAGAGGAAGGAAAAGGCGCUCUGACAAUACCCAUCACCCAUGGGAGCCUGGGCACUGUCUUAGUGAUGGCUCCGACUCCAGUUUAGAAGAACAGAACAAGGACUAUCGAGAAUGUGUUAGCAAUAACAAAAAAGACAGCGACUCCGACGAUCAACUCUUACAAGCAAAAAGAAGACCAUCCUCAAACAUCAAUACUAUACGUAAUAAAAGGCCUUUGUGGCAUGAGUCUGACUUAGUUGCCGACACUAUGGGGAGCAGAACCUUGAGAAGGAGACGGAAAGUGAAACGGAUGGCCAUUGACCCUCCGGCAGAUGUCUCUAGUGCUAUGACUUUGUCUCAAAGUCGUGAUCAGCCAAUAGACAAUGACAGCAAACAUUAUCAGCACCUGGACAUAAUGAAGAGCAAAGUGAAAAAAAGGAAGAUAGCACCACCAAAACAUGGGCAUGAAGUUCUCGAUGAGGGAGUUGUGGUAGAAGGAGAAGACAUGGUGCUUGGAAACAAAGACAAGAUGGAAUAUGAAGAACAGAAGGGGUCGGAUGAGAAUAUGAGUGACAGCGAAUCCAGCAGUAUUAGCAGCAGCGAUGCCGGCUUGUUUACGAACGACGAGGGACGCCAAGGUGAUGAUGAACAGAGUGAUUGGUUCUAUGAAGGUGAGUCGGGAGGAGCCUGCGGCAUCACUGGCGUUAUACCUUGGUGGGAGCAGGACUCCACAGAGCUAGACAGGGAGCUCCCUGACCCAGUAUUUGAGAGUAUCCUGACCGGCUCCUUCCCUCUCAUGUCACCAUCUGCACAGAGAGGUUUCCAGGCCAGAUUAAGUCACCUACAUGCAAUGCAAGCGAGAAACCUUCGGAAGUCCUCAAUAAACCCAAGCCCUCUGGUAUGUGUGUUUUCAGCCUUUUUUCUUUAUUGUUCUGCCAUGUUUCACUCUCUGAUGUGUUUGGGAUGUCCAUCUGAUCUGUUGAUGCCGAUAUUUUGA